AUGCGUUUCUUGGCUGGUGGCGCAUCUGCAUCUGUGGCUGCGGUCGGCGCCGGAACAGUCGCUGAUCUGUGGGAGGUCAAGAGGCGAGGAACAGCAAUGGGCUACUUCUUCCUUGGACCUAUGCUAGGACCGCUCGUUUCGCCCAUCAUCGGCGGUAUCCUCACUCAGCGUUUCGGAUGGAGAUCGACUCAAUGGGGCGCCGUCGUCUAUGGUGGUCUGGUAUGGUUGUCCAUGAUCUUUCUGCUGCCGGAGACGUCCUCCAAGGCGGUAAAGGGAAAGGAACCAGCUGUCGCAGAAAACUCUGAUGACGGAAACGUGCAGCCAGUGCCAGAAUCAUGUGUAUCACGCUUUUUCAAGGCCUUGGGUAGGAUGCUCGUCGAACCGUUCAGACUGGUUGGAUACCUUCGCUCCCCACCACUCUUCAUGACGUGCUACUACGCCAGCAUAUCGUUUGCUUGCUACUACAUUCUGAAUCUCGCGAUUCAAAGAACGUUCUCUCGGGACCCGUACUCGUUCCGCGCAAUUAUUCUUGGGCUCUUGUAUAUCCCCAGCGCACUGGGCUCUAUAGUUGCAUCCGUCGUUGGCGGCCGGUGGACAGACUACGUCAUGCGACGCGAGGCCAAAGCUGCAGGGCGAUUUGACGAGUCUGGAAAUCCAAAGUUUCGUCCUUCAGACCGCAUGUGUGAGAACGCAUGGAUACCCGCAUUCGUGUUUCCCGCCGCUUUGCUCGUGUUUGGCUGGACGACCCACGAGGGCAUCUUUUGGUUUGCGCCAAUUGUUGUUACCUUUUUCUUCGGACUCGGAAACAGUUUAAUCUUUAAUACCGCGACAACAAUGCUGACGGAAAUUCUCCCCGGAAAAGCCAGCAACGCCGUCGCACUCAACAAUCUCAUGCGAAACACGCUGUCAUGCGCAGCUGCCGUCGCCACAGAUCCCCUUCUUGGUGCUAUUGGAACCCAAUGGCUCUUCACCGGCUUAGCCGUCAUCUGCUGGGCAAGUUCUGGUGUCAUCUGGGCCUUGAAAAGGCACAGCGACAAGGCCCCUUCUGCAUGA